GUUGGUUGAUAAAGUGCAUUCUCUAGAAAGGUGCGAAGCCUGGAAGACAAUCGCGUCUUUGAUAAUGUGAUGAUGAUUGAAAACAUUUAAAGCCGUAAGUUCUACUCUCCCAACGUAAGAAAUAAAGGAAGAUGGCGUUCGAUCACAGCGUCGUUUGGAUGGGACUAGCAUGUAUAACUCACGUGGCAUCGUCGUCAGCCUAUUACGUUCCAGGGAGCCUACACGAAGGAGAUCGAUUGGAGUUCAGAAUCGAACGCACCAAAUAUAUAUUGCGACCAUCGAACAGCCCAUUGACCUGUAUCACAAAUGGAAAGUGGAUACACGCGUACGGUUUGGCGGAAUCAGAAGAAUCUACUUUAAGAGCAAACAAUCCCGACAGCUUUGCUUUCACCAUCUCAAAGAUAACGGGUGGUACCAAUCACUCUGCAUUGCAUUCUGGAGACGCAGUUUACAUACGAGCAAAACAUGACGGGUUCUUUCUUGCUCAUUGCGGCGGGUUCGGCCCGUGCUUUGAAUAUCCUGACUCAGGGGCGAUAAUGAUAGACCCCAAAGAUUUUGAUCAGCAUACCGAUACAUAUAAAUGGCUGAUAUGGCAGUUCAACAAGACGACGUCAAUUCAUAAUGAAGGGACACCUAUAUACCAAGGUGAUUUGAUUCAGUUUCAAUCUAUGUCGUCAUCGAAUGGAUGGAUUGAUACAUGUGGCGGUGUAACACUUGAUGGAUAUGGCGGGCACGGAAUUCGGGUCAUAAAUGAUGAUAACAAUGACAAGGCGGAAUCUCUUGUACGUGGUAACAAUCAGAGACUCGCAGCAGAAAUCAUUGAUGGAGAAUGCAGCGUUCCAGUUUCUUCACGGGUAUCAUGUGGACCAGUGGGGAUAGAAGAAUGUCAUCGCAGAGGUUGUUGCUACGAUAGCCUCGAUGGUGUUGUUCCAGCCUGUUACUAUGCGCCGAGUGGGCCAAUCCAUCGGCGAUUACCGCGGAUCACGCUCAAGUGCAGCAACACCGUAAGCACCCUUAAGUACCACGGAAUGGAACUCACCGAUGGCGAUAUGCAGACUUGCUUUCCUCUGGAGAUGAUGAUCGCUUCUUCUGUUUGGUUCGACUUAACUGGAUAUAGCUCCGAUAAUUUCACACUUGAGAUCUUCAUGCCUUUACGAUCUGCUGGACUUUGCAAGCACUUCUACCCCAUGGUCGGAGCUACGGCUUCCCAGGAUGGUGAUAACUUCAAGGAAUGCGCCAGACUUGAUGAAAGUUUCAACAAUGGAUUGUCCAAAUGCGCAUACGUAUGCACUUGCAGUUAUGGGAACUGUAACUCAUUCACAGUGAACUUUCUGCAUAUUCAAGCUGAUAACAUUAAGGUUAAGGAACAUAAAAUUUGCGAAAUGGUGAUUAAACUGUAAAGUUACCUGAACAAAAAUUUUCACCACGCUAUGUUUUAAACCUAUGGGG